AAAGAAAAAAAAAUGACCAGACUGUCACACCCACUCACAUAUGCAAUUCAUAUAUUAUAUAGGCUGAACGGUGAACAGAGGAGCCAUCUCGGAUUCGUUCUCAGUUCCUUUGCCGUUCUUCUCUUCAUUUUCUCAUCUUUGUCUCUCAUAACCAUAACCCCAAGUGAAGUCAGCGUCUGCAUUAUAUUGGAGCAACACAUGGAAUCACAGAAGAAGAAGAUCAUGGCAAGAGUACGGCCACAGCCAAACAAGCAGAAGCAGGAGGAGGAGGAGGAGAAGAAGAAGAGCCCUUUGUUCUUCAAGGUCAUGCUAGGUGACUUCCACAACUCAUUCAAGGUGCCGCCGGCUUUCGUCAAGAACUUCAAGGGGACCUUCCCCACCAGAGUUUGCUUGAGAUCUGCAUAUGUGGAAGAUCCGGUCUCAUGGAGGGUGAAGAUGAAGCAGAAGGAAAAUGGGCUUUACAUCACCCGUGGAUGGACGCAGAUCGUGACGGACUUGGACCUGGACCUUGGAGACUUCUUGGUCUUCAAGCUCAUUAGCGAAGAAACUCUCCGGGUUGUCGCGUAUGGCCUGACUUGCUGUGAGAAGAAGAUGGACAUCAAACUAAAGCAAGACAGGGAAGGAGAAGCUAAUGAUCACUGUGGGGGUGGAGGAGUUGAGGUGAAGUCUGAGGAGGAGGAGCAUGAAGAAGAAGAUGACGAUGAUGAAGAAGAAGAAGAUGAAGAAGAAGAACGUAUUAAAACUACCAGUGGGGAUUCAGAAGGAGGGAGGGUGGCAACUGUCGGCCGUGCUCGCGCCCAUCCUUCAUUUUCGUCCAAGAAACCUUAUCCGUAUUUUGAUAAAUACCUCAGGAAGUAUAACAGUCUUUUCAUGACUAUACCAGCGACAGUUGCCAGGGAAGCUGGGCAGUUCACCAAGACAGGGGCCGUGAUUAGUGGCUCUUCGGGGCGGCAUUGGCCUGUCGGCUUAAGGCUAAGAACCAAUGGGUGUCGCAGGCUCGACAUUUCCUGUGGGUGGAGUCGUUUCGUCGGAGACAAUGGCCUAGCCCAUGGGGACACUCUUCGUCUCGAGUUUCGAGGAGGUAAGGCAAAUCUGAUCAAGGCUCGAGUGGUUAGGAGGGCUUCUGGACCGAGAAUCAUUCCACUUAGACGGAAGAGUUCGAGGAACAACGUGCUUGGUUUAUUGAUAUGAAUUCCUGUUUAUGAUAGGCUCCUAUGAAAAUGGCAUUCUGCUUCCUUGGUUGGAUUAGAAUUAGAUCUUUCUCUUCCUUAGCCUCUGCACGUUUGUGCCGUUGGGAUGUUCAAGAACUCAUAGGAUGCUAAUUUCAACUUGAAAAAUUCCCACGUUUCGACUA